AUGUUUAUCUCUCUACUACGUAACCCUGAGCUGCUCGCAGACGCACCCAAACAACCCAAAGGAGGACAACAACAGCAACAACAGCAACAACAACAACAAACUCCACAACCAUCGAUUACAAUGCCAACAACUCCAGUCAAAAAUCCAGCACUCAAACUUCAUCCAUCCAUCCAAAAACAAAAGCAAAAGCAACAAGAAUUGUUACAAAAACAACAAGAUCCUGUUGUAGGUGUUGGUGGUGCUCAGGGACAACCAACCACCUCAUUGUCACCAAACAACUCGUCCUCAUCGUCUUCACCAUCCUCUGCAAUGACACCAACCACCACGUCUACACCCUCUUCACCUAGUUUGGCAGCUACAGCAUCGGCACCAUUAGUUGCUGGUAAAAUUCGAUCUCGACCAUAUUGGAUUGUACCUGAUAUUGCAAAUCCUCAACGAACAAACGAUACUCCUCCAACCGUCCCAAAGACGAUAGAUUUGAUUGUUAAAGAUGUCAAUCGACAGGAAUCUGUAUUUUCAAGAUCAACCAAACAACAACCUGUAGUUGUUAAACCAAAUAUAAUAACAUCUCAACCACAACAACAACAACAACAACAACAAUCUGUUAAUCCAUUUGCACAAGCAUUACCUAAACUUUUACCAGAACAAACAGAGUCAUCAAAUGAUGUUUCCUCUCAUCAUCAACAAGAGUCAUCAUCAUCAUCAUCAUUAUCAAAUAUAUUUUCUCAAGGAUUACCAAAAUUACUCGAACAACAGACAUCUACUACAAUACCUGUUGUAGAAAAUAGUAAUGUGAUUGUCGGAAAUAUAUUUAGUCAAGCAUUACCAAAAUUAUUAUCUGAAGAAGAAGAAGAAACAAUGCCCACAACAAAUCUUGGUAAAGAGAAUGUUUUAUCAUCAUCCUCUGAUUCAUCACAAGAUAGUCAAUUCCUUCAAGACGACAGUACCUCUACCACAUCAACAUCAACGACCAAUACAGCUGCAACUACAAUGAUAGACAAUGAUGAUGGAGAAUUUGUUAUGGAUAUUCAAGAUGACGAUUCAUCGGGUGAUGACGAUGAUGACGAUGAAGAUGACGACGAUGAUGAAACCUAUGAAGAAGAAAAUGAAUUGGAAAUUGAUAUGGGAGAUACUGAUAACUCGUCUGAACAACAACAACAACACCAACGAGAGAAUAACAGUACAUUGUUGGUCAAGCGGUCUCAUGAUGAUGACUCUUCGUUGCUCGAAAAUUUGGGACAAGAUUUCAAUUUUGAACAACAACAAAAGAAAAUGAAAACUGCACCAAUACCAUCACAACAGCUGCCUGCUGGAACAGCCAUACAAACUGGGCCAAUCAACUUUGAUGGGUUAAACUUUGGAGAGUUGUUGGGUAAGCUUCGAGAAAGAAGAAGACACAACACCAAAUUGGGUCUCUCCAAAGAGAUCAUGACCAAUCUCCAAAAGGAAGAUGGACAGAUCAAGAAUCUUUACAUCAAGAAGCACCAAGAUCGCUACCAAGACUUUGUCAACUUUAAAAGCGAUAAAAAGGAGGCCAAGAAAUUAAAAAAGCAAACAAAACUCGAUCAAAAGGAACAACAAAAACCCUCAGGAGCAAAAGUGACUAAAGCCGAAAAGAUUGAAAGGGAACAAAAGAGACUACAACAAAAAAUCCAACAACAUGAAAACAAUCUUCAACAACCACAGCAUCAACAUAAACAACAGUCUCAAAAACAUCAAGAAGCAAAACUACAGAAACUCAAAAACCGUUUACAACAUCAAAAUCAACUACAACAGAAAUUAAAUCAAAAGAAAAGUCCAUCCUCCUCUAAAAAGCAGCAGCAGGGCAAGACCACCCCCGGUACUGCCCCCAAUCUCUAUGUUGGAAUUAAUUUUGACGAGAAGAAGAAACCAGUAAGUAAGGAAAAGACGGUACUGUGCAACUAUUACAAACAAGGUGCAUGCACCAAGGGUGACGAGUGCACCUUUAUCCAUGAGGGUCCCGUCCACGACAAAAAGAUGGAACUCUGUAAAUUCUUCAAGGGUGGGUCGUGCUUUAAGGGCACCGAUUGUCCAUUCUCACAUGAUCCAAAGGUGGUCGCUUGUAAAUAUUUUAAUAGUCCAUCUGGUUGCACCAACACUGAGUGUCCCUAUGGUCACUUUUUCUCUCAACAAUCCACUACCCCACCUCAACAAUCAACUACUCCUCCUCAAUCACAACAACAACAUCAACAACCAACUACUCCUCCUCAAUCACAACAACAACAACAACAACAACAACAACAACAACAACAACAACAACAACAAGCUAACCAACAACAACAACAACAAGCUAACCAACAACAACAACACAUGUCUCCUACCUCUAUGCAAUCUCAACAACAUCAACAAUUCUUACAACAACAACAACAACCAUUCCAACAACAAAAUAAUAAUAAUAAUAAUUCAAAUGUUUAUCAAAAUGCAUCAAAUGAUUCAUGGGGCCUACAACAACCAUUCCAACAAAAUAAUAACAACAACAACAAUAAUAAUAAUAAUAAUAAUAGUAAUAAUAAUCCAUUUGGAAAUGAUUUCCAGUACCAACAAAAUAACAACAACAACAAUAAUAAUAAUAAUAAUAAUAGUAGUAAUAAUCCAUUUGGAAAUGAUUUCCAAUAUCAACAACAACCACAACAACAACAAAAUUAUAUGCCUGGUUUCAACAACAUGAAUGGAAAUAGUAAUGACAUGUGGACAUUACAACAACAACAAUUACAACAACAGCAACAACAACAACCAAAGUUUUAUAAAAGAAUUUAA